UUCACCUGCUUUGUGUCCUGCUCUGGUAUAAAUACUCUGAUCUCCACACACACUCACUCAGUCACACACACACACACACACAUACACACUCCACAGCACUGCACAGGAGGAGUAGUAGAAGUCCAGCCGUGUAUCUUCAUCGUCAUGUGUGUCCUUUGGAGAUACAGACUCGUCGUCUGGGUGUCGGCCGUCUUGCUGUUUUUCCUGGUUUGUGACGCUCAGCUCCAUAACGAAGCACAGAGCGGCAAGUUAGUGUUCGCACGAGGAAACCACUGGGCUGUGGGACACCUGAUGGGUAAGAAGAGCGUAGACGAGACGACGAGCUCGGACGACCGUGACUUGGACGCUCAGGCUUAUUUAAUCAGAGCAGAAGCCGACACACACACACAGCCGUCCAGACUACUGAAGGCUCUCGUCAAGGUUCUGUCUGGAUCAAAGAGAGACACAGAAGACGAGAGGGAACGAUGGGAGCGCUCGAUGGAGCUGAAGACAAGGCCAGAAGAGCAACUGGAAAGACAGAGAGGGGUCAAUCAGGCAGCGAGGUUUUUCUUACUGGCUUUAAACACCAGAGAUUCCGACACCAGCUGAAGACGAUCAUCAGGUCUGAUCUGUAAUCAGAACCGUGCAGUUGGAAGCAGCUGAGAAAUGACGUCACAGUCUGAUCAUGUCAUGAUCACCACAUCCGCUCGCAGAUCACUUUUAUUAUUUUGUUUUGUAAAUUUCUCUCAUUUUAAUGCCAGUGUUUUUAGGCCUGAGGAUUUAAUUGUGUUCUUCUGGGCUGUUUGUGUGACUGAUGUUCAAUAAAACCUUAAUAAACCUGUGGGAUUUAAACACA